UAAUCUUAAAAAUUAUUAAAUGCUCAAUAAUAAAAUUUGAGUUACUUUAUUUGGCACGAUUCCUAAAGUGUGUAUUGCGAUAAAAAAAACGUUUUUCUAUACGUACAAGUAUGCAAGAAUAUAAAAAUCUAGCUCUAAGUAAUUAUUUUUUGUCUUAUCAGACAUACGUACUUAUUUAAAUACGGCUUUCAUUUUUUAGCACUCUGCAGCAACAACAAUUAUAAAGAUUGCGUUCUGUGUCAACGUUUGUAUAUUAAUAAAUGAUGUUAUAUUGAAAAUUUCUUUUAUUACAAUAUCUGACAAGGUUAUUCCAAAAGAUAAUUAUUAUGAUGAUAAAUAACAGCAACUGCAACAAUAUCAUUUAGAAAUUUCAACAGUCGGAGAUGUGUAGCGCUUAACGAUUGAAACCACACUGACAAUGAGUCUAACGACAACUUCGUCUGCGCUUGCGUCGAGCAAGGGAGAAUAUGUAAACGUGUGAUAGAAGCACAUGCAACGUUUAUACGAAGAAAAACAUUUUCAUAAUUCUUUUCUAAAGGUAGUGGUAAUGAGCCUAACUGAUAUUUGUACCGCAAUAUUAGUUACGAUAAGUGGAAAUUAUAUAUUCUACCUCUCUCUCGUGUUCUGAAUAAUUCUUUUUUUCUUAAGGCUCAAACAAAUUUAAGAGAAGACAAUAUUAAAUAUUCAAUUGCAUAUUAUUCUAUAGGGAAAAAAAUGAAGAGCCUGGUUCAUAUGUUGUUGAACAUUCGAAGAGAAAUGAUAUUGUUUGUGGAUCAAUAUUAUGAUAUUAAUCGAAAGUUAUUAUCAAUUGCGGGAUUGUGGCCGUAUCAAAAACAAAGAUUUAAACUUCUCCAAAUUACGUUAUUUCCCAUCAUGCUUAUUUCUUUUUUGACUGCUCAGGUUUGCUUGAAUUCACUCUGAUUCAAUUUUACGGUUAUAUUCAACAUUUGUUACGUAUACUUCACAUAUCUAAAAUAUUUCUUGUGCGCAUAUGUACACAUGUACAUAUAUUUCUUUAAAUUAAACAAUAGUAUAUUUUAUUUUUGAUAACUUAAAAUAAUGUUAAUAAAGUUAAUAAAAUUAACAGAAACAAGAAUGAACAAAAUUAACUUGAAUAAAUUGCCAUUUUUCAUUGUAAAAUAAUAUUAUUAAUGUAAAUAUAAAUAGUUAUUUUGCCACUAUUUUGUUUAUUAUUACACACAAUGUAUUUUAUACAUACAUUAAAUCUUUAAAUUAUCAUUUAUAGUUGGCAACAUUUACCACAUCAGAAUUCAAUGUAAAUAUUAUGUUAACAGUUCUGUCGCAAGCUUUUCCUUGUUCAAUAUAUUUCUUAUUCUAUAUCUCUUUUCUUCUGAAUAAUAAAGACUUUCCGAUGUUGUUACACAUAUUCAUAGAUCAUUUGAAAGUGCAGAUAAAAAUCUUCUUCGAUCUGAUUCAUCACGAAUGGAUGACAUUAAAAGCUGCAGAUGAAAUUGAUAUAUUAAGAAGAUAUGCUAAUUUUUCCAAACGAUUCAAUGUGGUAAUAUUUGUGUUGUUAAUGUUUAUUGUGAAUAUUUUCUGCUUGUAUCAAUUUUUUCCGGACUUUCUUGACGUUAUUAUACCGCUUAAUGAAUCUCGUGACCAUCAUCUCACAUUCGUAGCCGAAUAUUUUGUUGAUCAGCAAAGAUAUAUUUAUCCUAUUUUAAUACAUAGUCUAUUGGCUAUUUAUAUGGGAGUUAUCGCAGUACUUUCUACUGGUACUACACUUAUAGCAUUUCUAUUACAUAUCUGCGCAAUGUUGAAAAUAGCAAGUUAUCGUCUUGAAUGUGUCAAUGAUAAUAUACCACUAGUAUCUAAAUCUGAAAAAAAUAAUAUUAUUCGUGAAAGAAUAAUCAACGCUGUUAAUAUACAUCGCAGAGCACUUGAAUUUGCUGAAUCUAUACUAUCUAGCUUUUCGACUUUCUACUUCAUUAUGAUUGGUGUAGGUAUCUCAUCUUUAACCAUUAACAUGUUUCAAUUUAUGCAACUUAUGAUGUUUACAAGCGAUACGAACGGAAUGCUAGCAAGCGGCUUCUUAAUUCUUAGCCAUUUCACUUAUAUGUUCAUCGGUAACUUGGCCGGACAGAUAGUCACAGAUCAUAAUAACAAUAUUUUUAAUGCAAUGUAUAUUCUGAAAUGGUACACAAUGUCAAUAGAAGCUCAAAAACUGCUACUUUUUAUAAUCCAAACAAAUACGAAAACUUACUAUCUUAUUAUCGGUAAUAUUUUCGCCGCUUCUCUAGAAGGCUUUGCUACGUUAAUGAGUAUGACAGUGUCUUACUUCACAAUGAUUUACUCCACACGAUGACCACAUGAUAUACGAUACAGCAUUUAGUAGCUCAUUGUAGAGAAUUACACGCAUUCUUGAAGAAGUCGAUAUUUUUUGGCAAUCUGGUAUGUACCACAAUAUUUCCAAAUAUCACAAAAAAACAUUACUCAACAAAUUAACGUUCGCGAUAGCUUCACAUUUCAUAGUACAAAAUACUGAUACCAGCAAUAAGAGCAAAACCAUUAUUAAAAUAAAACAAUUCAACUUAAAAAUAAAUUUUAUUUAGAAUUUUAUUAAAGUUUCUAUAAUAAUAUCAUUUGUUAUAUAAUCUUAGAAUCUUUUGAUUAUUAACUAAAUCAGACAUGUAUAUAAAUUUAAUAAUAAUGUACGAAAAUGUUUAUAAUGCAAUAUUAAAAUUUUUUUCAGAGACUAAUAGCAAAUGAUCAUAUUUAAUGAUUACACUUGUAUAAUGAUACAUAUAUAAAUAUGUGGAUUUAUUAUAAUCUUAUCUUGCACAAAGUGGAAUAUAAAAAAAAUGUUGAGCAUAUUUAUCAUCGUUAAAACUCAUUAUAUUAUUUUAUAUUUAUUUAUCUGAGUUCUAAAAUUGUAGGUUUUUUUACCUAACCUUUCCAAUUAUUAUUGAAUUUAGUACUUAUUCUUUACGUAUAAUUCACAGUAAUUAAAAUCAAAAUGAGAUCGAAUAGUAUCUUUUUAAACAAAUUCGUAAAAGAUAUUUUUAAAGUGCUACUCGUAUUUUUUUACAUUAACAUUACUGUGAAUGAAAAUUUACCCGCAGUAACAACCAUGAUUGAGAAAAUUUGCUAUACUCUCUUUUAUUUAGAUUUAUCACUUCUUUUCAUAUAUAUGUAUAUAUAGCAAUAUGCUUUUUAAUAUAUUAUACAUACAAUAAA